GGACGCGUCCCGAGGGCGGUGGCAGCCAUUGGUGGGAUGAGCAAUCCGAGUUCCCGGAUGAGGGAACAUUCUGCAGUAUAAAGGGAGUGGGGAAGGCGGGAGACAGCGCAGUUUGAAUCGCGGUGCGACGAAGGAGUAGGUGGUGGGAUCUCGCUGUCUCUCUGAUUAGCCCUUUCUCUGCCUUGCUUGUUUGAGCUUCAGCUGAAUUCGAAAUGGCUGGCGGUAAGGCUGGGAAGGACUCCGGAAAGGCCAAGACAAAGGCGGUUUCCCGCUCACAGAGAGCCGGCUUGCAGUUCCCCGUGGGCCGUAUUCAUCGACACCUGAAAUCUAGGACGACCAGUCACGGACGUGUGGGCGCAACUGCCGCUGUGUACAGCGCAGCCAUCCUGGAGUACCUCACCGCAGAGGUACUUGAACUGGCAGGAAAUGCAUCAAAAGAUUUAAAGGUAAAGCGUAUUACCCCUCGUCACUUGCAACUUGCUAUUCGUGGAGAUGAGGAAUUGGACUCUCUCAUCAAGGCUACAAUUGCUGGUGGUGGUGUCAUUCCACACAUCCACAAAUCUCUGAUUGGAAAGAAAGGACAACAGAAGACUGUCUAAAGGAUGCCUGGAUUCCUUAUUAUCUCAGGACUCUAAAUACUCUAACAGCUGUCCAGUGUUGGUGAUUCCAGUGGACUGUAUCUCUGUGAAAAACACAAUUUUGCCUUUUUGUAAUUCUAUUUGAGCAAGUUGGAAGUUUAAUUAGCUUUCCAACCAACCAAAUUUCUGCAUUCAAGUCUUAACCAUAUUUAAGUGUUACUGUGGCUUCAAAGAAGCUAUUGAUUCUGAAGUAGUGGGUUUUGAUUGAGUUGACUGUUUUUAAAAAACUGUUUGGAUUUUAAUUGUGAUGCAGAAGUUAUAGUAACAAACAUUUGGUUUUGUACAGACAUUAUUUCCACUCUGGUGGAUAAGCUCAAUAAAGGUCAUAUCCCAAA